AUGUCCUCCGAAGAGUCCAACAUCCUCGCCGAGUCUGGCGUCACGAUGCAUUCUGAUAGCGAGCAGUACUCGGCUGGCGAGGACAUGUCCAACUCACCAUCCUCGUCUCCUUCUCCGCCUAUGGUCCUCUACCAGCCACCAAACGUGUGGUCAAUGAUCCGGGGUGCGGCCAUCAACCUGUUCCUCCCCUUCGUCAACGGCAUGAUGCUGGGAUUUGGCGAAUUGUUUGCGCACGAGGCUGCCUUCAGGCUGGGAUGGGGCGGCACAAAGCUAGCCAGACCGUCGCCAGCUUCGACCCGUUCCUUCUCCCGCUCAAGCAUCCGUUCGCCAUCCAUAUCAUCAAAGCAUGGCCUUAGUCGGCCAACGCAAAUACCGCAGCUUGCCUCGAUCGGCUCCGGAAGUGGUGCUCUGGGUGUAGCAUCUGGGGUCUUCGCCCAGCGCUCCGGAACUACGCGAAACCUGUCGCUCUGGCCAUUCCAGUCGAAACCGUCAGAGGCAACAGCACCACCACCAGUCGAUACACGGAUCGAACCAGCCGCCUCCUUUGCUGAACCGCCGACUUCUGUCCCGGAUGCGCAACCUCCACCCGUGCCAGUCGAGAGCGUUAGUCCUGCUUCUGCAGCCACUCCAGCCACGCCAAUCGACCCGAGCUCGACACACCUAUCCCAUGACUCUGUAUUUGGCGACCUCGACCUGCCCUCGAUUCUUGAUAUUCCGGAGCAGAUAGGCUACCUGAAGAGUCUCGGUCUGGAUUUUGGCUGGGGGCCUACGAGCUGCGUCGAGUGGGUUCUGGAACAUGUGUACAUAUACACGGGUGCGCCAUGGUGGGCGUCGCUUGCCAUGAUAGCCAUCGUAUGGCGUGCCGCUCUGUUCAUGCCGACCAUGACCGGCAGCAAGCACCAGGCCUUGCUGCAGAAGGCUCACACCACUCCAGAAUUUAUCAAGGCCAAGGAACAGUUCAACGAGGCGGCAUUCGGCUCCAAGGACCAGAUGGCCAUGAUGUCGGCUCGCGCGAGCAUGAGUAAGAUCACCAGACAAUCCGGCGCUCAGAUUUGGCGACCCUUUGUGGGAUUCCUCACCGUUCCCUUCAGUUACGGCAUGUUUCGACUGUUCCGAGCCAUGGCCGCCAUACCCGUCCCCAGUCUGGAGACCGGCGGACUUGCCUGGUUCACCGAUUUGACUGUCCACGAUCCUUACUUCAUCUUGCCGGCUCUCUCUGUGGGUCUGGGGGCCAUGAUGAUGAGGCAACUCCAAAAAGCAAAUAUGUCGCAGGAUUCAGCGCAGCAGGCUAUGGCCAAGGGAAUGAUCUAUAUUCUGCCUCCGGCCCUCUUCCUCGGCACUGCAUGGUUGCCGGCCGGGCUGCAAUGGUUUUUCCUGAUGCUCUCUGCUGGUUCCACCGUGCAGUCGGCAGCCACGUUGAAUCCAACUGUCCGACGCUGGGCUGGUCUUCCUCCCCUCCCCUCUUCCCCGGCUGCGCUGGCCAGUGCGGCUGGCGCGCAGUGGCAGGCUCCCGUGUCACGCGGCCAAGGGAUCGUGGGCUCCGUGAAGAAGGACAUGGGCGACAUGUCCAAAGGCAUCAAACGUACCUUUGGCAACGACGGCAGGAAGGCUUCAAGCCAAAAGGCCAACGAAUACGAAGAGCGAAGGGCAAAUGAGGAGCGAGAAAAGGCAUACAGACGGAUGGAAGCCAUUCGUCAGAAACGUGCCGAGCAACAGAGAUAG